UAGUGUUAUUAUAUGAAAAUCUCAUCAAAAAAAGAGUCAAAAAUCCAAAAAUCUCAAAAAUAUUGUGUGUUGUCUUGUGUGUUUAUUGUAGAUCCGAAAAUUCCAACGUAGAUCUACAAGUUUUUACUUUGUUUUGAAGGUUUCUUGUGUUAGAUUCUUGUUCCCUAACACCUAGGGAGUCUAGAUCUACUUUUAUUAAGCUUAGAAUCCACCAUGGCUAUGGAGUUUUGAGGCUUUUUGAGCUAUGGACGUUUUUGGCAUGGUGAUUUAGGCGUGAUUUGUGGCUGGUUUUAUGUUGGUUGUGUUUGUCUUAGCCUAAGGAACCUAGAUAUACAAGAAAAUCCAAAUUUGGGGUUCAUUUGAUAGAAGGUCAAACUUUGGUCAACUCUUGAAUAUUCAUCUUGUUCUUCAAUCUUCAUCAUACCUUGUUUGAGAAGAAUAUUCAAAGGUGUUAUUUGAUCUAAAAGAGGGAAGGAAGAGGGAGAAAAAGUUGUUUGUCCAAAAGAAUAUUCAAAGAAUAUUCCAUUCUUUCAAAAGGAGGAGGGUACAAGGGGACAAACAAAGUACAAGUGCAAUUAUUAGGGGGGGACCAUUUCAUUUCAUUUUUCAUUUGAGACUUGAAAGAACCCUAAAUUGCCUCAUUUCAUCCCUAAAUCCGAAAUUAUCAUUCCCAAAGGGUAGUGUUUGGCCAAAAUUAAGUUUUGGAAAAAUUUGAAAAUUUCGAAAAAUGACAACCAACCACGAAGUGCCACGUCAUCAUUUGUGCUCAACCAAAAUUCGACUCUAAACUUAGAUUUCUUAGUUUCUAAUUUUUGAUUCUAGUUUCUUUAAGCUAAUUCUAUCACUAAUUAACAAACUAGUAAGUACCUACUAGGUUGGUAAUUAGAUUAGAGUUCGUUUAUUUCGCGUCUUCGAUUUUUGUGUGCUUUUCUCGUUUUUAAAUUCGUAGUAUUUUGUUGGUUCAAGUGUGUGCAUCACUUUAUUUGAGUUGUAUCAAUCCAAGAUCAAUUCCGAUCCAAAGCUUCUCACCUCUCAAGUAACUUGCCAAGUAUUGCCGAUUCUCCAACACUUGUGAAACCAAGUGUGAGGUGAGGUUGAGUGUGAGUGAAGUGAGGCUUUUGAACUAACUCGUUGAAGUGAGGCUUUUGAACUAACUCGUUUGUUCGUUUUGUAGGUUGUUUUGCUUGCUGUUUUUUGCACUUUGUAGGUACAUUUUUCCAUGGAAUCCGGGGGUACUACUUCCCAAUCUUUGGGAAAUGAUGCUAUUGGAGCCUUGAUGGCUCAAAUUGAGGCCUUGGGCCGAGACAUGAAGAGUAACCAUGAUGCCUUGGCCUGAAAAAUGGAAGAUAGUCAUGAUGCCUUGUGGAAUGAUAUGGAUGCUAUGAAGGGUCACAUGACUAGAAUAAAAGCGGGGGUAGAUAGACUAUGUCCACCAAACCCUUCACAAGUCCAAAUACCACAAGUCCAAAGAUCCUACACUUCACAAAAUCCAAUGUCUCCCCUCCACAAGUUAGAAUCCGAAGAGAAUGAGGCCAAGCCUCAAGAUGGAGAGAAACUUAAGGGUGAGAUACAAAAGGAGUAUGAAAAAAAGAGGGAAAAAGAAAAGGAAGCCGUGGGGAGUGAUGUUAGGAUGGAAGAAAAAUGCUUGAUUGUAGAUCUUGUCCACAAAGAAUCCUUAUUACUCACUAACCCAAAUACUAGCAUUUUGCCUAGUAUUUUACCUUCUCAUGUGCAGGUUCAAGACCCUAGAUGUCCCAAGGAGAAGCCCAAGGAAGUUCCCUUCAAGCCCUUGGCCGAAAGUCCCUAUUUGGGAACAAGCGAUGAAGAAGUGAAUCCAAAGGGAAACCCUGACCUAUUCCCUUGUAAUGUGGGGCAUGAGGGCUGCCAUGAUGUGAAACCAAGUGAAGAAAACACUUCCCAUGAUCUACAAGAUGUGAAUUUGGGGACAAAUUCCGUUCAAGAUGGAGAGGAUGAUACAAGCAUGAGAAGCACCAAGAGCACAAGACCUUUUACAAGGAAUCAAGUCAAAGAGCUACGUGGUCUUCAAGCAAUGUUCACGAAGUUGGAAGCUUGUGAUUGUUUCAUGAGUUCACCUAUUGGAGUGUAUAUGCUAAAGUGUGAAGAGGAGCUUUGAAAUACGCUCCAAAGCCGCCUCUAUUUGGGGAUUCAUUAAGGGCAUUCUUGUCUUUUAAUGACCUAUUUUUACACUCCAAAGGAGCACCCUUCAUUAAGGGUAUUUUUGUUAUUAUUUGUAAUAAGUAUAAACAGACCCUUUAGCUUGUAUUUUCCCAAGACUUUGAUGAAAUUGGAUAUUACUCUUAUAUUGUAGUUUUUGGUCUCUAGUUUUAGCUGUUAGAAUCCGAAAGUGGUCCAAGAACAUUUGAAGUUAGGGUUUCACUUGUUUUGGAUAAUUUGGCAAGAAAGGUGGUUUGGGGAAGAGUGUUUCCUUUGAGUCACCUAAGAGAAAGGUUUGAACUCUUGUUUGUGAAGUGUGUUUGAAGAUUUGAAACAUCUUCUAGUGCUAAUCACUUAAUAAGGGUAAAUAAGGGUAAGGGUCUUUCUAUCUA